CACAAAUGUCUGUUGUCUGCAAAUGCGCACAGACAGGAAGCUAACUGGACUGAGGUCAUAUCAGCAACAUGGCUCCACAGGACUUCACCUUCCUGUGUUUCGUCUUCCUGGGACAGUCCAUUUGGGCACAAGAAGAAUUUCCCACUCCCAUAAUAUCCGCUGCCACAAGUACUGUGGUUCCCUGGAAUGGGUCUGUGAGGAUCAUCUGCCAGGGAACGCCCGAAGCCUUCCUGUAUCAGCUGUCCUUGAUGAAAAACUCCACACCCAUAGUUAUAGAGUAUAGAAUGGGAUUUCAGAGAGAAGCCGAAUUCAUCAUCAACCACAUGAACACAACCACGGCAGGAUGUUAUCAGUGUCAGUAUAGGAAGAAGUACCACUGGUCAGAAAAGAGCAAACCCCUGGAACUGGUGGUGACAGGCGUGUACGACAAACCCAUCCUCUCCGCAGAUCAAAGCCACGUGCUGAAACCAGGAGAAAACAUCUCCUUCCAGUGUAGGUCAGCACACAACCUGUUCAACAGAUUUUCACUGGCCAAGGAGGGAGACACGUCCUGGCCACAGCAGCAGCAUGAAGGAUAUCAAGGCAACUUCAUCCUCGGGCCUGUGCACCCUGACUUUGCCGGUAGCUACCGGUGCUAUGGAUGGCACAGCAGAAGCCCGUACGUGUGGUCGGCCCCCAGUGAUGCCCUGGAGCUCAGUGUCACAGACUCCAAGAAGCAAGACUAUGUGAUGGAGAAUUCUAUCCGGAUGGGUAUGGCAGGGUUGAUCCUUGUGGUCGUCUUGGUGAUACUAGCUGAAUAUUGGAAUGGCCACAGGGUGCCACACAAGGAAGACUGCUGGGAAUUGGCUGCACCGGGAUGGAGUGGAUAAACACUGGAAGAUACAGGUGGGGAUGCAUCUUACAAAAAGGAAAAGCCGUUAGAAGCUUGGGUCCACCUGCAGAAUGUAAGGUGUGAGUGAAAAGUGCCGGCCACAGGCUUGUGUGUUUGAGCAUUCACUCCCCAGAAGACGGUGCUGUUUGGAGAGAUGUGACAUAUAUUGUCCCCAGGAGGCUACCCUUCGAAGGUUAUACUCACUUCAGGGUCCCAUCUAGCUCCCUGCCACUCUGCACUCCUGUGGAGCUGUUCCUAUUACAGACUUUCCUGCCAUAAUAAACUACUCUCUCUGAAAACA